AAACUCCUUCCCAGUAUCAACUAUCAAGGCCAAGAUAGAUAGACAUGUGGUAAAACAAUAGAUACCUAGAGCUCUUAGCUCUUCUUAAUUUUUCGAGAUGUCUCGCCCAUUGUUGCAGUGUAUUUUGAGAAAACGCGCCCUGUUUUUUCCUACUGUCUGCAAGUUCGGGCGGCCGAGCUGCGAAACGCCGCUGCAGGAACCGACGUGGUCGCGGGUCCGCCGGUAUAGCCAAGACAGCAAGUUGGUGCGGCUGAGCGAUUUCGAAAAGGCGGAGCAGAAGGACCGUGACACCUACCUGGAGUUUAUCCACAUCUAUAAAAAAAAGGAAAUCCAGAGGCGCGGGCACGUCGAGUUCAUCUACGUCGCUCUCAAACACAUGAAGGAAUUCGGCGUUGAGAAAGACUUAAGCGCGUACAAGUCGCUCGUCGAUGUUUUCCCCAAGGGCAAGAUGGUGCCGAGGAACAUGAUCCAAGCAGAGUUCAUGCACUACCCUAAACACCAGCAGUGUGCUAUUGACCUGCUUGAGCAAAUGGAGGAAAAUGGAGUCAUGCCGGAUUAUGAAAUGGAAGAUCAAUUAGUUAACGUAUUCGGAAAGACUGGUUUUCCAGUGAGGCGUUACUACAGAAUGAUGUACUGGAUGCCAAAGAUCAAAAAUGCCUCGCCCUGGCCACUUCCUCUAGAAAUGACAAAUGAUGCGUAUGAGCUUGCACACAUUGCUAUCAACAGGAUUAUGAGUGUCGACAUGAACACCGCUAUCUCUACUUUCAAGACUUCAGAUGUUGAAGGUUCACUCGACGACACCUGGAUUGUAAGCGCGCAGAGCCCAGAACAGAGUGCCCUUUUGGAAAGUUUGCCUGAGAACACUCCUCUCUAUAUCGAUGGAAGAUAUCGCAUCUGGCUAAGAGAUAAGGCAGUCACAUAUUUUGUUUUAAGAGCAGAUAUUUGUACAAAGGAACAGAAAACAGAAAACUAUGAUGAUGUUUCAAAGCUCAGAAACCCCUUCUCUAUGAAACAGCCUCAAUUUCCUGCUAGGACCAAGACGGUUCAUGAACAAGAAGAUGGGAUGAUUCUCGCAGUCUGUUCAACUGGUACUUCAAGCAGGGAUUCUCUUCUAUGUUGGGUACGAUUUCUAGAAAAAACGAAUCUUAGAUUAACCCAAUUGCCAGUCGUCUUCACCCUCAGAGCGCCUCCUGAAGAAAUGGCAAUCGAGAAUUCAGAUAAAACAACUGAACAAAAAAAAUUAGAAAAUAGUAGAACAGAUAAAGAAAAUACACCAUGAUAUUGUAAAUAAUGUAAAUUAGGUAAUUAAAUAUUU